AUGAAUACUAGUUGUGAAGAUAUGCUAAAUGUCGCCACUUACAAACCACUGUCUAUAUCUUUGCUGAUUUUAUCAACUAUUUCUACAAUUGCAGUUCCUAUGCUUAUUUUCUUGAUCAGAAAAAUAAUAUUCAACUCAUUAUAUCACAUUAAUACUCGAGUUAUAAUAGUUGCUCAUUGUAUUAUUUUACUAGGACAUCUUAUAAAUCGUAUAUUUUUACAUGCAUCAGAUUUAUAUCGAUUUUUAAUAAUCUACCCUGAUGUAGAAUCUGCUUGUGAUAUUUUAUUGAAUAGCACAAAUUGUUUUUUCUAUCGAAUGAUUUUUAAUUAUGGAAUUUGGUUUAGUGGAACUACUGCACCGUGUAUUAUUGUUGAGAGAUUUAUUGCGACUAAAACACCGAUUAGUUAUCAUAAAAAUCGAAUAACUGGAAUUAUUUUAGUGUUUGUUCAGUUUUUCGGAUGUAUUGGAUUAUCAUUUAUGACAUAUUAUGGUUAUGUUUUUGGCCAACAAAAACUGUAUUGCAUGACAGCGAAACCAAGUUAGUUUCAUUUCUCUUAUAAAAUUUGGAUUUAAGAAAAAAAAAACAAUUUUCAGAUCGAGAUUUGAUAAAUACGCUGCCUUUCGUUGCAAUCAUCAUCCUACAAAUUUUUUCAUUUAUAAACUUAUAUGUUUUGAAAAAAUACAAUAUUCAUAUGAAAAAAAUGUUGGAAAGAGGAAAGUUAACAAGGCGCUAUCAAAUUGAGGAAACCUUGAGAUCUUUGAAGACUUUAACUCUACCCAUUCAAACUAUGUUCAUAAGUCAAAUGCUAUUCACAACUAAUACAUUUUAUUUUCAAAGAUAUUAUGCGGCCGAAAUAUCGACAGAAUUGUUUUUCACGCUUUCUGAAUCGAUUGUUCUCCUUCCGGAAUAUACUAUUAUUUUUGUUUUUACUUUUGUUAAAAUUGAGAAUCGGAUCAAUAUUGAGAGAAUCACCAAUUUAAAUGAGAGAAUUAAUGUUAAAACUGAUGCGUAUUUUGAGCAGUAUAAAAAUCAUUGGUGA